AUGGUUAAAGAAUUUGAACUUUCGAAUAAUGAAAAAGAAUUUAUAUUAAAAGGAAUAAAAGAAGGUUUGCGUCUUGAUAAUCGUGAUAAAAACGAAUUUAGAGCAAUAGGUAUUAUAUUUGGUCCGGAAUAUGGUCGUUCUGAAGUAAUAUUAGGAAAUACUAGGGUGUUGGCUAAAGUUUCUUGUGAAGUUAUACGUCCUUAUCCCGAUCGUCCUAAUGAAGGUAUGAUAACACUAAGUACGGAAUUAUCACCAAUGGCUUUUCCUAGUAUAGAACCUGGAAGACCUUCGGAAGAAGAAGUCCUUGUAAGUCGUAUACUCGAAAAGGCUAUUAAAAGAAGUCGAGCUAUUGAUACUGAAGGAUUAUGUAUUGUUGCUAAUGAAAAAGUAUGGUCGAUACGCGUUGAUAUACAUUUUCUUGAUCAUGAUGGAAAUAUAAUAGAUGCAGCUUGUAUAGCUGCAAUAUCGGCUCUUGCUCAUUUCAGAAGGCCCGAUGUUACUGUUAUUGGGGAAGAAGUCACAAUACAUCCAAUCGAACAAAGAAAUCCUGUUCCAUUAAGUAUACUUCAUAUGCCCAUUUGCAUAACAUUUGCUUUCUUUGAGGAUGGAAAAUAUGUUGUCGUAGAUCCUACUUUACAAGAAGAACAAAUUCGCCAAGGUGAUAUGACAAUGACAUUAAAUAUUCAUAAAGAACUUUGUACUUUAUCAAAAGCUGGUGGUAUACCAUUAGAAAUGGAAACAAUUAUAGAUUGUUCUCGAAUUGCUACUAGCAAAGCUACUUGGAUUACUGAACAAAUUCGCGCUGCUUUAGAAGCUGAAGCCAAAAAAUUAAGGUUAUAG